UCCUUCUUUCCCCUACCAGUGCUUUAUAGCAUCCAUACACCCAUCCUCCUGCUACUAGUGAUGCUCUGAAACCUCAGAACCUAUCUUUAAACCGACUUAUAUAAACAGUGUCACUCAACGCAGUUAUGGUCGCUUCAUCUCCCAACUGUGUUUUCUCAGACUACUCAAACCAUGUCACGCAUCGUUAUCCGUGGAAUCCCCUUUUUGACUCGUCUGCGCGCAGCCAAAGGUGGUGCCAAGGAACUUCUUGAGCGCGACCGCGCCCGUGCACAGAAGUUCCUGGCCGGCAAGUCCCACCAUUCCUUCUUGUCUGCCAAAGCCAAAGGCGCCAGGAGCACUGGCACAGACUCUAGCAUCGAUGUCACCGAUUCAGGUGUCACUUACACCAUGCAAGUCGGUGUUGGAACCCCAGCGACCGAUUAUACAUUGUUGAUCGACACUGGUAGUUCGAAUACCUGGGUUGGUGCAGACCUCCCAUACAACCCCACAAGCUCCAGUCAGGACACCGGUAACUCCAUAUAUGUUAGUUAUGGUUCUGGAACUAUGUUUGGAGAGGAAUACACCGACACCGUGACCUUAGGGUCAACCUUAGUUAUCCAGAACCAAGGCAUCGGCGUGGCUUCAUACGCGGAAGGGUUCGAGGGCGUCGAUGGCAUCCUGGGUGUCGGUCCCGUAGAUCUCACGCAAGGAACCGUGUCUAACACGACGGAUGUGCCUACGGUCACCGACAACUUAUACGCUCAGGGAACAAUCUCUUCCAAUUUACUCGGCAUCUCCUAUGCGCCGUCCCCCACGGCCAACGUAGCUAAUGGAGAGCUCACAUUCGGUGGGACUGAUAGCACCAAGUACACUGGCACACUCAAUACUGUUCCGCUUACCACCACCUCCCCGGCCUCGUCGUAUUGGGGUAUCAACCAGUCGGUAUCAUACGGCGCUAGCCAAACAAUCUUGAAUACGACUGCCGGCAUUGUGGACACUGGCACUACCCUUCUUCUCCUUGCCACUGAGGCCUUCCAGGCUUAUCAGGAGGCAACUGGCGCCGUCCAAGAUUCAACCACAGGUCUGCUAACCAUCACGUCGCAACAAUACGCUAAUCUUCAAAGCUUGUACUUCAAUAUCGGCGGUGUCACGUACGACUUCACGCCUAAUGCUCAGAUCUGGCCACGUAACCUGAACAGCAUCCUCGGAGGAAAUGAGGGACAAAUUUAUCUGAUUGUGUCUGACCUUGGUUCCUCGUUUGGGAGCGGGCUUGACUUCAUAAACGGAUUUGGCUGGAUUCAACGGUUUUACACUGCUUUCGAUACCGGGAACAAGCAGCUCGGUCUCGCAACUACAGAAUACACUAAUGCUGAUACCAACUGAUGAGGGACCCCACCAAGUCCCCAUACCGUUUUCUGUUGCAUAAUUCUUUUGUUUUUAAGGACCACGCAUUUUAGGCUGCAUACACGAUCUAUGCAAGUUUGCCUGUAGAUAGCUUCAAGCGUGUACUGGUAUUCGCUACGGCUAGUAGUAACUGUGCUAUAAUGCCAAGUUCCAGAGAUUGAUGGUUAUAGCCUGAUUCAGAGCGUUUGAGCUUCGUGUAGACUCGAAACCAUCCUGACCUAUAUCAAUAUCAUGCGUACGUCCUGAAUCCUUCUGGG